CCGGGCAGUCCGGUUUGCGCACAGAGACCUUCCAAGCGAUGUCUUCUUAAAUCCGGAUUCGGCUUCACAUCUUGCUGGAUCGGGAUCAAACAACGAAGCAAGCAAAUGAUAUAAUUUUUAGAAAGCACUCCAUUUCAAAGGAAAGAAGUUUUAAAAUCCCACAAAGCGCACCACCCUCAGUAUAAAUAAUUUUUUUCGCGAGGAAAAUGCCUUCGCGGGGCACGUCCCAACGGCGUGGCAACCCCUGGUCUCUCGUUUCAAGGCGCUAGGCAGCGCUGAGGACUGGGAGGGAAUGUUAAUUCCUUCGUAGCCGAGUGGAUUUCUGAUUUGUUUAUUUAAAAAAUACUAAUAGCGAGCGCGCACACAUCUCUUUCUCUGCUUGUCUGGACAGUUUUUUUGCACUGCAAUGCACUGAUGCCAUUGCAGCAGGAAAGACCCUUUUGAAAUCUCUCUCGUUUCGCUAAAGGAGCCCCCACCGCCGAGGACUUCUCCAGACAAGGCUGCAGUUCGCCUUCCCCGGCUGGAGAUCCAAGGGCGUCCAGCUGCCGAUCGUGGGAUCUCCACCUCGGGACUGCAAUGAGAUUUGAAGAGCUCAAGGCAAAAUCUUCUGGGCUCCUCACACUCCAGUCACGGGAAAAGAUCUAAAUCUGUUUCAUAAAGACUGCGGUUUGGUUGAUUGUCAAGAUGAUCGCCUGCUGGGAAACCUGUGUCUUGGUAGCCAUAUUCCUGCCUGUGGCUACUCCGAUUCAUUCAGACUGUUUCAUCAGGAAGGAGCAAGAGGCCUGCUUGGAGACCAUACGGAAGCUGAACGCCUUAAUGCCACUGAACGAAUCGGCUCCAGGAUGCCCAGGGAUGUGGGAUAACAUUACCUGUUGGAAGCCUGCCUUUGUGGGUGAGGUCGUCUUCGUCAAAUGCCCAGCACUCUUCACAAUGGUGAACUUCGAUGACGGCUGGGAUGUGAAUAGCUUGGCCUACGCACAACCAGGUGACCUCGAGCUCUUGGACAAUGCGGACGGAAUUCUAGGUGGAUCUGCGGAUUUAAAGGUUGUUGGUAGGAACUGCACUGAGGACGGCUGGUCAGAAUCUUUCCCCCAUUACUACGAUGCCUGCGGAUUUGACGAGAAUGACACUAUGGGAGAUUAUAACCAGGAUUACUACUACCUCUCGGUAAAGGCUCUGUACACAGUGGGCUACAGCACUUCCCUUGUGUCGCUCACCACUGCGAUGGUGAUCCUGUGCCGUUUCAGGAAACUGCACUGCACACGGAACUUCAUUCACAUGAAUCUCUUUGUCUCCUUCAUCCUGCGAGCCAUUUCGGUCUUCAUCAAGGAUGGAGUUCUGUAUGCCGAACAGGACAGCAACCAUUGCUUUGUCUCAACGGUGGAGUGCAAGGCCGUGAUGGUCUUUUUCCACUACUGCGUCAUGUCCAACUAUUUCUGGCUCUUCAUCGAGGGGCUGUACCUUUUCACCUUGCUGGUGGAGACUUUCUUUCCGGAGAGGAGAUACUUCUACUGGUACACCAUCAUCGGCUGGGGAACUCCUACCAUUUGCGUCACCAUCUGGGCUGUCCUUAGACUUCACUUUGAUGAUAUUGGCUGCUGGGACAUGAACGACAACACAGCCUUGUGGUGGGUGAUCAAAGGCCCUGUGAUUGCAUCAAUAAUGAUCAACUUUUUGCUUUUCGUGGGCAUCAUCAUCAUCCUGGUCCAGAAGCUCCAGUCACCUGAUAUCGGGGGCAACGAAUCCAGCAUUUACUUCAGCUGCGUUCAGAAAUGCUACAGUAAAAGCAGCAGGGCUAAUCAACACGCUUGCAGGAUGUCAGAACUGUCCACCAUUACCUUGAGACUGGCUCGCUCCACCUUACUACUUAUUCCACUGUUUGGGAUUCAUUACACAGUAUUUGCCUUCUAUCCAGAGAAUGUCAGCAAGAGAGAGAGGCUGGUCUUCGAACUGGGACUGGGAUCUUUCCAGGGCUUCGUGGUUGCUGUACUCUACUGCUUCUUGAAUGGGGAGUUUCUCCCUAAAGGUGCAAUCAGAAAUAAAGAGAAAAUGGAGGAGCUGGAAAGUCAACCGGUACUUUGCUGUGGAUUUCAAACACCGCCACCCCUCCCUAGCAAGCAGCGGUGUGAACGGGGGGACGCAGUUGUCCAUUCUGAGCAAGAGCAGCUCACAGAUUCGAAUGUCGAGCAUAAAUGCGGAGAACCUGGCGACAUGAGCGGAUAAGCAGUCUUCCUUCCCCUCCCCAAACUGGGGGGGGGGAGAGAGAGAAAAGCUCCUUUCGGAAAGAAAACAACAUCAACAACAAAAAGGUCAUAAUUAAUUUUGGUGGUGUGGGGUGGUUGUGUCUGUCUCUGUGUUUUGUUUUAAAAGAAAAAAAAAUCCACCUCCCUUUUAAAAAAGAAAAGAAAGAGAGAGAGAGAGAAACAAAGUUGUUCUGGAAGCACGACACGUCAUCCCUGAUGGGUGGAAAAUAAGGCAUUGGAGAGGAUUGUAAAUAUGCAACUGAGAUCAUCCGGACCAAAAAAGAAAAAGAAGAAGAAGAAGACGUUCAACUCAUCCACCAUCUCAGCAAAUUGCAAAUAAUUCCAUUGUUGGCCUGGCAUUUUUGGUGAUUGUUCUCUGUCCCAUUGUGAAUUUUGAUUGCCAAGCUGAUACCUGCGAAUGAACCAUAUACAUUCAUCUCCAAUGCAUCUCUCUCUGUCUUGGGCCAGUCUCCGCAUCCUCUUUCAUGACAUAGAAUGUAGCCUAAAUUUUUCGGUGGAUGCACUACCAGCCUCGAUGAGGUGAUGGUCGAGGUGGAUCCCACCAGAGGCUGCCCAAGUGUGAGGCAUCCCCAUGAGGUUGUGCAGAACUGCGCCAUGUGGACAGCAGCCACUCGAUGGAUGGGAAAGCCAUGCCAAGCAAAAUGGAGCCAACCGGUGUAUUCCGUCCUCCAGGAAUGUAUUAGAAAGCUUAUGUUAUGCUGUGAAUUUUCUAAAAGGGCCGUCCAAGUUAAGAUAGAGCUAUAUUUUUGAGGUUGAUUGGGGGGUGGGUUAUUUUUUUAAAAAAAGUGGAAAAUAUCUAUCUAUAUAUCCCCCACAUUAAGUCUACAUGAAUUCCUUGAAGGUCACUUCCUCCGGACUACAUGCAAAACCUUCUCCAUUGACACAUUUCCACAAAAAUAAGGAUGUAACUGGUGGUUGUGACCCCCAACAGCACAGGUUCGUUGUGUGCCGCACAAUGUGCGGGUCUUUUUGCUGCGCCAGGGUUCACGUCGAAAGGGCUAGGCCAUUUUUGUGGAUUGUACAUAGCUAAAACAGGGGGGUCCAUUUGGGUGGGUCCAAGACCCAAUGCUGUGGCGAAGAAAUAAUAUAGACUUUGGAAGUGGGGAAAGUUGUCUUUAGAUUGAGAUACUUCCCGUCCCGCCAGGGGAGAGUUUAGUUCGUUUAGGAAAUCAUUAAUGCCUUCAAUAUAGGUUCGAGUGGGGAAUUUCUUCUUUGCUCCCGCCUUCUAGUCAGAGCCACAACUGAAACAUAGCUACUUCAGCCGAAUUAAAACAAUGAUGUCAAUUCUCAGGAGACUUUGUGCAAAGCAUGAAGGCCUCUGGACUUUUUUAUUGUUCCUCUGUGGAUUGUACGAGCCUAUCUUAGAUGUUUCAGAUCCUCUCUAAUCUUUUAAUGUGAGUGUGUGAGCUUGCCUGUGUGUGUACAUUAGAGGGGGGGGGGGAUAUAUUGCUAUUUUGUUAAUGAAUGCAAGCUGAGGCCAAGAAAGUUGCAAUGAAAGGGCUGGUUCUUUCUCCUCCAUUUAAAUGAAUGGGUUUUUUAAAAUAAUAAAAUAAAUAAAGUGUUUCAGUGGGGGUGGAGGAGAAGAAGUGGACCAUAAGCUGGAGCAGGGAGGGGUUGGGGAAACUGACUCCACAGAUGUUGCUGGACUACAAUUCCCAUUGUUCCCAACCUGCCUGAGGUUGAUGGGAGAUGGAAUCCAAAAACAUACAGAUGAUCAUCUAGAACAUAUAGAGGGCCAUAGCCUCCCCAUCCCUGAGCUAGAGUUUGGUCCGUAUAUGUUGAGCAGCACAAUCUGCUCCUUCACCUUACAUUGGGGAAGGGCUGUAGCUCAGUGGUAGAGCAUCUGCCUUGGAAGCAGAACAUCCCGGGUUCGAUCCCCAGCAUCUCCUCGGCAUCUCCAGGUAGGGCUGACAGGGACCCCCUUGCCUGAAAUCCCGGAGAGUCGCUGCCGCACAGUGUAGACAACACCGAGCAAGAUGGAGCAAUGGUCUGACUCAGUUCAAGGCAGCACCCCAUUUUCCCGUGUCCCUAAUCUCAUGCCAUGCAUGGACCAGUUUGUCAGCUUCAAGACACACGGUCGCUGCCAUCUUGGCUCCAGUGUGCAUGGAGAAGCUGCAGGAGAAAUAAGCUUUGCACACCUUGUGAGUCGGGAUAUCCAGCACAGCCCUCUGGCUAAGCAAGGAACAGCCGCAGUGGUGCCCUCUGGGUGUUAAUGGACUACAUUGACCAUCAUCCUUAGCCAUUGGCUGUGCUGACUGUGCCCACUGGGCAUUGUAGUCCAAUCAUACUUGGAGGGCACCAGGUUAGCUGCUACCUCUGGGCUAGACCAUGUAUGGUGGCCCAUCAGGUCCUCCACAACCUUGUCCCUCCCUUGUUUGGCCAGGUGGUGUAGCAAGUCCCUUUUGGCUCAGUGGGUCACCAGUUGUGUUGAGAACAAUGCAUGAGUUCCCUUCGGUGUCAGAGAGAGCUUGGCAUAAACACUCCAUGCGCCCAUGCACAGCCUUCUAAUGGCAUCAAAGGGGAAAGGGAAGCCCCAAUUAGCACUGAGUUCUCUGGGUUUCUGGAAAGGGUAGCCACCGCUUCGGAGCCUCGGCUGCAAGGCCACUGCCAUCUCCUCGCUGCCACCCCCCAACCCACCAUUACAAAUGGGACGGUUAUCACAGGCUGAAAGCUACCUGCUUGCAGAUCUUUGCGUAGCACCUAACAGAUACCUCUAGCUGCCGGCUUAAGAGGUGGGUUGGACACUACCUCAUGGUAAUUGUAGCCAUCACAUCUUAGCAGAGCAACCAUGGGGUGAAACAAAACUGACUGGGAUCCAGAAGGCUGAUGACCCAUUUGACCAGCCCUGGGGGGCGAGAGAAGCAAAGGCAUAAGGGGCUCUUCCCCUUCCAAUGACUGGAUCGUGGCCACUGCGUACAAAAGCUCCUUUUCCUUCUUUCUGGAUUUUGUUCACUUACGUCGUGAUGUUGUUUGAAAUGUAUUUUUUAAAAUAUAUAUCUAUAAAUAGUUUGUUUGUUUUUUUAAAAAAAUAAGCAAAUGGAUGUAUCCAUUUAGACCAGGGGUCAGCAACCUUUUUCAGCCAUGGGUCAGUCCACUGUCCCUCAGACCAUGUGGGGGGGCUGGACUAUAUUCUGAAGGGGGGGAAAUGAAUGAAUUCCUAUGCCCCACACAUAACCCAGAGAUGCAUUUUAAAUAAAAGCACACAUUCUACUCAUGUAAAAACACUCUGAUUCCUGGACCAUCCGCGGGCCGGAUUGAGAAGGCGAUUGGGCUGCAUCCGGCCCCUUAGGUUGCCGACCCCUGAUUUAGACUGUAUUCACAUGACAGUUUAUUCUGCUUUCAUUAUGUUUCCCUAACUGUUAAUUAUAUUUGAGCUUUCACAUGAUGUGAAAGCCACUUCCAGGAAUACAGAAUAAGUUUAAUGCUCAUUUCCAUGUUAUUUGCAAAUAGAUUUUUUUUCCUGGAAGUAAGUAACAGGGAAAUGAGCACCAAAGCCGCACUAUACUCCACGAUAUUUCUGAAAUUGAAAGCUCAUUCUGUAUGGAAGCUCAUGCGGAAUGAAGAAAUUAACAGUUAGGGAAACAUCAGGAAAAUGGAAUAGACUGCCAUGUGGAUUUAGCAUUGUGUUUUAUUCCUGGAAGCAGCUUUUGAAGCUCAAACGUAAUGUGAAAAUUAAGUUAGGGAAACCUCAUGGAAAUGGAAUAAAGACGGCUUCCUACCUUUCUACCUGGACUGGGUUCAUGCUCCACCAAGUCACAAAGAAGUUUUAAAUCACUGCAAAAUUGGCAGUUCAUUCUAAACUGUGAAUGAAAGCCACAGUUAUUUCUUUCAGGUGGAUCUCAGAUCUGUUCCCAGCUGUGAUGGUGCAUGGGACAAAAAAAGAGAUCCUGUAAGUAAUAAACACAAUUGAUAUCAUCCAGAGCUUCUUGCUCACUAUGAUGCAUGCAUAGCGACUUGCCCAUUUGCUUCAGUAGAGGGGCUAGUUCUGAGAGUCCAUCCCUGGUUUUGCACAGAUGGAUCCAUCCCUUCCAUGGAGGUAAAACGAGAAGCCCUUGCAUGCAGGAGUUCUGUGCCUGCUUCUGAGCUUCUGCACCAAACAACUGAAAUUGUCAAGAUUCCAGAACUGGCAACGAAGCUAAUUCCAACAGUUCCAUAGGAUCUCCCAGAUUCAAUGGACUGGAUGUUUGCCCAUAAGCCACAACCAGUCAAUUGCACUGGUAUCAAGGGGUUAUUUUGCUCGGAUUCCACGGGGAUCAGUGCAGCAAAUUGCCAGGGGUCCAUUGAGAAGAAUGGAGGGAAUGGCCAAGGUUUUGAAGGUGUUGAUGGAAGCAAUAGCCCAGGUUUCAUCGAGUGCCAAAAGAAAAUGUUGCCAGGGUUGAAUGGCGGUCUGUGUAGCAUAGGCACCAGUGGAGGAAAAAGGUUCCAGUUCCAUUAGCACCCAUGGAGAACGUGGCCCAGAUUGUAUCUCGGAGAGACUGCAAAGACCUUAUGGCUUGCUUAGGACAACAGGCAGGUAAGGUCAAACUCAAAGCAAAGGUGAAAUUUGGCAAAGGGAAGGAGUGAUGUCAUUGUCACUGCUGGUUCUGCAUGUAAGCUGGCUAUCUUCUGGUGUUGUCAAAAGUUCGGUGCAUCUUCAGCAUUCUUCAAAAGAUGUAUAAUUAAGAUGUCAGAUACAUCUCUUUGCCCUGACUUUUGACACCCGAGACUCAUUUUUUCUAGAUCUUUGAAUGCAAACUCUUACCAGAUUUGUUUUUCCCAUGCCAGGGCAUGAACAAAGACACUUUUGAAACGAUCACUUCUCUCAAUUUUGUGUCGCAACCCAUGUCCACAAAUGGGGGCAUACCAGUCAAAAGAGCAUGCAAAAAUAUGAUAGCGACAACAGCAUACGAAAUUGCAUUUCAUGUAAUAGGCUGGAAUUUCAAUAACUAUCUGUACUUGAGGAGAAAUGGGUGCAAAAAAAAGUGUUUAUGGAUUUUCAUAUUCUGAUAUGGAAAUGGAGCAAACUGAAUUUAAGAUUAGAAGAAUAAGGAACUGGUAGGAAAUGAAAUUUACUACCCAUCCCUAGGGGCAACUAGAGAAGAGGGACAUCUGGGUGGAUGUACUUGGUGUCAGAAGUGGGUCGCAGCCAUUACGAUGCUCUGAGCUGCACUGGGUGGCUGGAUCUAGCCACCAGUGAAAUUCCCCACAGUGUCUGAUUGUGACGCUGUGUUGGUGGCAAAUUGUGGGAAAUUUAAACCCAGCUGACUGGUGUUGCUCAGAGUGUCAGGCUGGAGGCGGCAAUGCUUGUGAAUUCCAGUUGCUGGGAGCCACAGGAGACAAGAGAGGGCUCUUGUGCUUGAAUCCUGCUUGCGGGUUUCCCACAGGCACCUGGCCAGCCUCUGUGACAAGAUGCUGGGCUAGAUGGACCUUGGGCCUGAUCUAGCAGGCUUUUCUUAUGUUCUUAAAAUACUGUAGAAACAGGGGAGGCAUAUCCGUGAAGUCUCUGGUUACUGGGGCCCAGCAGCUGCCUAGGGAUUCUUGCGAUGUCUGCGACAAGGGGCUACUGCUUGGCAAGUUUGGUCUGUCUCCUUCAUAGGAGGAGGACCUACACAUCCAUCCUCUCUAGCUUUCUCAGUUGUUGGAGGGAGUUCUACUGGAUUCCAAACAUCUGUGUCAACAGCAGCAGUAACUAGUAGCCUGGCCGGCAGGAGGACAUUGUCAAGACUCCCUUGGCAUCACCGGAGCAAAUUGCCAAAACAAAAACCCCGUCAGCACCAAACAGGCAAAGCUCCUUUGAUGCCCCAGUGGAGAACGCUCUUGAGUGUCAAGCUGAACUGCACCAAGGAAGGAACUGCCUCCAGGGCAGCCCAUUUGUUUGGCUUGGGUUUUGAAGGGGAAAGAUGAAAUGCAAGGCCUUGUCCUGAAUGAGGCCAGUUAGCCACAGGAACUCCAGGGAUGGGAGGCCAGGCAAGGCCAUGCCCUGCUGACCUCUCCCAUUGCGCAGGUCUUCCACCACUUGUGUUGGUGGAGCAAUUCAGUUGAACGAAAGGACAGGAGAGGUUUCCAUCACCACUCUUCCCAGUGAGCCCCUGAGCCAGUCAAAUUUGGAAGAAUUUCUUCUGUGACCUCAAUGAAAUUGUCACCCCAAUUUUUCCAGCCAGACAGUAGGACCACAGCAGUGUACUGGCAGUUCCAGUUCAGGCAUCCCCAAACUUCAGCCCUCCAGAUGUUUUGGACUACAAUUCCCAUCUUCCCCGACCACUGGUCCUGUUAGCUAGGGAUCAUGGGAGUUGUAGGCCAAAACAUCUGGAGGGCCGAAGUUUGGGGAUGCCUGAUCAAGAGUGACCAAAUAGUCAAUAAAUUGGAAAACACAAUGUGUUUUGGAGAUGGAGGGAUGGGGCUUUGUAUAUUGAAGCAGGAUGGAUUCUUAAUGGUUGAGGUCACCCUACUCCAAGGUCACCCCUUUUACCUCUCUCUCUCUCCCCCAUAUUAAUGAAUGGGUGACCCUAUUAACAAAACAAAAAUGUUACAUCAAUUCUGGAAGAUGCUUAACCUCAGGCUUUUCUGAAUCUCCAAAGGAAAAAGAAUUUUUGGGCAAGCACCAUCGGUUUUGAUAGUAUUGCAUAAAUGAUAAAUAGAAAUGUUAAUGUCCAGAACUGAGUGACUUUCUGGCAAGAAGUCACUGGGAGAUGACAGUGUCAAGCUGGAAGGCACUUUUAGAAGUGAGGGACAGAGAAAGUCCAGUGUCUGCAUAGGGGUGACUUAUUCUCAAGAAAGAGGUCUUUGCAAGAUGGCUUCCUCCAAGACCUGGUACACACAUAAUGCUAAGCCGUGGUUGGUUUAAGUCAAGGUUUGCUUAACAAACCAUGAGUUUGCCAAGAGUUGUGAAACAGACAACCCAACAAACCGUGGCUCGUUUCUCCUGCUUUCCAGCUGCUGUUGCCUCACCUUUGCACUCUGAAGAAUAUCUGGUUGCAAAACAUGGCUAAGGAAUGGUGCUGGGUUCUAACAUAAGGCCAAGCAAUAGUUUAAAACAAACCAGGGUUGUUAGACAACAGCAAACCAUAGCCUCAGAUUGUGUUUUGUUGGCAGGAAGCAAAUAAUAGUUAAGCAACUGGGCAGGAAUCACACAUAACACUAAUAACACAUUGUUUAAUAAACCAUGGUUGAGUGAUCUAUGUGUGGAUCAGGCCAAUGUCUGCUUUCAUAGAUGAUGUACAGACAGGAUCAUCUAAGACCCUGGGUGUCUCGGGAUUCCUCCUUUGAUGCUGAAGCAUCCAGAACCUAGAGGUUGACAAUAAUGGAUUACUAAACGAGCGUUCUCAACAUUUCCUGUUUAAUAGAAAAUGUGGAAACUUCAGUUUCUAGUGCCAUCCAUCUAAUGCCUUUCACCCGUGCCAAACGUUCUUCAAGAACUGGUUCUCUAUGUGUAUAUUAAAUUCCACUCCUGUACUACAAGCUCCCCACUUUCUACAAUUGUGUCCUUAAAGAGCUGACUCAUUUUGUGACCCUGUGCACACUUGCUUGAGGGUAAAGCCUCACCUGUUGCUUCUGAAGUGCUCAGGAUCGUGCCCUCUGAUACUUCCCAU